AUGGACUUCUCUACGGCGACGACGACGACUGCGUCUACGGCGGCGAAUGGUUACAGCUCGCCGCGUGACUCUUCAAUCCCGUCGAGCUUCACCAAGUUUAAUUCCGCUUUAACGGCGGGUCUUCUGAAUCCGAUGUCUCCACCGCCGCCUCCGGCGAUGCACGACAAGACGCGAUCGAGUCCGACGUUAUUCGAGAUGAUGGCUAGCGAAGCUGAUACUAUAGGGAGAGUUCCGGUUCAGAUCCAGAACGGCGCGCCUCCGUCUUCGUCUUCAUCAUCAUCGUCGUCUUCGUCGGCGGCGGCUGUGGCUGCGAGGACGACGAACGGGAAUCAUCUCGUCAUUUCGGCUCAGGACAAGCAGGCGCUCGCAAUGCAGCGGAUCUCGGAUCUUCUGAUGAUUCGGAGCCCCGGGAACCAGUUCAACGACCCGACUUCGAGUGACGUCAAGCUGACUCUGAGCUCGAAAGACGGGAUUAUCAUCACCAUGUGCGUGCACAGGCAGAUCCUCGUAGCUCACAGCAGAUUCUUCGCUAUGAAAUUAUCCGAUCGAUGGUCUAAGCAGCAGCUUCCUCCGUCUUCUUCUCCGUACAUCGUCGAGAUCUCCGAUUGCGACGACGUUGAGGUUUACAUCGAGACGCUGAUGCUCAUGUACUGUAGAGAUCUUAGGAAGAAGAUGAUGAGGCACGACGUUUCUAGGGUUCUCGGUAUCUUGAAGGUUUCAGCAGCAAUUGGAUUUGAUGCAGGAGUGCUUUCGUGUCUAGAGUACUUGGAAGCAGCACCAUGGUCAGAGGAUGAAGAACACAGGAUUGCUUCGUUGCUAUCUGAGCUACAUCUGGAGAACGUAGGAGCAACAGAGGUUUUGAGAAGGGUUUCUGUAGAAGCUAGCAGCAAUGGGAACAGUGGUGGGAGCAGCAACGACGAGGUGCUGCUGAAUCUCUUGCACAUAGUGCUCGAAGGGAAAGACGAGAAAGCGAGGCGUGACAUGAAGACGCUCGUCUCGAAAAUGCUUAGAGAGAACUCUUCAGGGAACGAUCUUAGGAAAGAGUCUCUGUAUUUGGCUUGUGACGGUUGUUUGCAUAAGCUGAAGCGGCAGUUUCUUCAAGCAGCGGAGUCUGAUUUGGAAGAUGUUGAGCAGAUCGCGAGACAAGCGGAUAAUCUGCAUUGGAUCUUGGAUAUCUUGAUCGAUAGACAGAUCGCAGAGGAUUUUCUUGUGACGUGGGCUUCUCUCUCCGAGCUAUGUGAGGUUCACGGUAAGGUUCCGGUUGUUCAUAGGUUUGAGAUUAGUAGAGUCACGGCGAGGUUAUUUGUUGGGAUUGGGAAGGGGCAGAUUCUGACUCCGAAGGAAGUGAGGUGUUUGUUGCUUAGGAACUGGUUGAAACCUUUUUACGAUGACUUCGCGUGGAUGAGGAGAGCGUCGAAAGGGCUUGACCGGUAUUUGAUCGAGGAUGGGUUGAGCAGUACGAUUCUCACUCUUCCUCUUGCUUGGCAGCAAGAGUUCUUCUUGGCUUGGUUUGAUCGGUUCUUGAAUUCGAACGAAGACUGUCCCAAUAUUCAGAGAGGCUUUGAGGUUUGGUGGAGACGGGCUUUCUGGAGAAGGAAAGAACAGAGUCAAGAGCCGCCGAGCAGGCUUAGAAUCAUAGCUUCAGCUACUGAAAACUCUUGA